AGUUUAAAAUUCAAUCAGUUGAACCCGAGCUGUGCAACUGAACAUAAUGAAAUCUCUGGGAUUAAUUGCGCUGGCUGCCUGCGCUGUCCUCGGCGGUGUCGCUGCGGAGCCGCAACAGACCUAUGAUGGCCGCAAUGGGCCGCAUGUCUUUGGUACGCCCGGCAACCAGGUUUACAUAAGAGGACAAAAUGAAGGCACCUACAGUGUGCCCGGAGUGGGUGGCCAGUUCCAGAAUUCACCGUCGCAGGGAGCACAUGUCUACACCGAUGAGCAGGGCAACACCUUUGUGCACCGCAAGAAUCCAGGAGGUCCAGCUACUCAUACGAUAAGUGGCCCCACCUUGUCGGCCCAGAAUUUGGGCCCCAGCCGUCUGGAUGGAGGUCUGGAUGCUGGAGGGCCUCCAAGCGCCCGUCGCAGUCGGCAAAUCCACAUUGCCCGUCCUGAUCGUACCGUAGAUAUUGGCUAUGGCGGUGUCUAUGUUCAACGGAGUCGUCGAAGCCCCCAGUUCCAUGUGGAGCGUCCCGAUCGUUCUGUGGACUUUGGUAAUAGCGGCUUCAAUGUCCAACGCAGUCGCCGUAGUCCUCAACAGGAAAAUGAAAGUUUUCCAUUCUUUAUUCGACGCCGUCGUAGUCCUCAGCAGGAAAAUGAAAGUUUUCCGUUCCUUAUUCGACGCCGUCGUGAUCCCCAGGAGGAGAAUGAAGGUAUCCCCAUAAUUAUUCGACGCCGUCGUAGUCCUCAGGAGGAGAAUGAAGGUAUUCCCAUAAUUAUUCGACGCCGUCGUAGUCCUCAGGAGGAGAAUGAAGGUAUCCCCAUAAUUAUUCGGCGCCGUCGUGAUCCUCAGGAGGAGAAUGAAGGUAUCCCCUUAAUUAUUCGACGCCGUCGCGGUAUCAACGAUGCCCGCGUUCAGGGCGAGAACUUUGUGGCCCGCGGUGAUCAGGCUGGUGUGUGGAAUAAUAAUGUUUCCGUUUGGAAGCGUCCAGAUGGACGCACAGUUACAUUGGACCAAAAUGGAAACGCCAUUGUCUCUGGUCGACGCGGUACCCAGCGUUUCUCCUAAACCUUGCUCCAAGAAAGGAGAAAUUUGCAUAGUUUAAGGAAAACAACUUGUAUAUAUUUUGUACAAUAAUAGAUACUUAAAUCACAUGAUAUCUAAAUACAAAAAUUUCACAAAACAA